GUCCUUUCUCCAGGAUUUCCAGACUUUUAUCCAAACUCUCUGAACUGUACGUGGACCAUUGAAGUCUCUCAUGGCAAGGGCGUGCAGAUGAAUUUCCACACCUUCCAUCUGGAAAGUUCCCACGACUAUUUGCUGAUCACGGAGGAUGGGAGUUUCUCGGAGCCAGUGGCCAGGCUCACUGGCUCGGUGUUGCCCCACACCAUCAAGGCUGGCUUGUUUGGAAACUUCACUGCGCAGCUCAGGUUCAUUUCUGACUUCUCCAUCUCCUAUGAAGGCUUCAACAUCACCUUUGCAGAAUAUGACCUGGAGCCCUGUGAUGACCCUGGAGUCCCUGCCUUCAGCCGCAGAAUUGGGUUCCAGUUUGGUGUGGGCGACACGCUGGCUUUCACCUGCUUCCAGGGAUACCGCUUAGAAGGUGCAACCAAGCUUACCUGCCUGGGUGGGGGACGCCGAGUGUGGAGUGCACCUCUGCCAAGGUGUGUGGCUGAAUGUGGAGCAAGUGUCAAAGGAAAUGAAGGAACAUUACUGUCUCCAAAUUUCCCAUCCAAUUACGAUAAUAACCAUGAGUGUAUCUAUAAAAUAGAAACGGAAGCCGGCAAGGGGAUCCAUCUCAGAGCCAGGAUCUUUCAGCUCUUCGAAGGAGACACUCUAAAGCCUCCUGACCGAGGACAAAGAGAUGGCACAGUUCCCCUGCCAGUGACUGGUCGUGGCUGCUCGGAUAUGUUCAAGAAUUGUCCUAAAUGUGUUCACCUGAAGCUGUGGACCUAUCAGCUCCCAUUUCUUUGUCUAAACCAAUAA